AUGGGGUACAGAGGUGGCCUGGGCUUUGUUGUUCUGUGCUGGGCAGUCAGUGGGGUGACCUGUUACAAUCCCUGGGAUUUCUCUAGGAGUGACUCAGCCAUCUGGAGACCCAACCUCAGGGUUGAGCCCCCUCAGAGACAACCCCAUGUACCUUCUCUUGCCCAGCCCUACCCCUGGGCUCGGGUUGAUGCUUCCCAGCUCCGGGCUGUGUCCCCGCUGCAGCCUGUCACAGUGCAGUGUGAGGAGGCUCAGAUGGUGAUCACUGUGCACAGGGAUCUGUUUGGGACGGGGAGACUGAUCAAAGCUGCUGACCUGAGCCUUGGCCUGGCCGCCUGCCAGUACACGUCCCUUAAUGCUGUGGAGAACACUGUGACCUUUGAAGCUGGGCUCCAUGAAUGUGGCAGCACCUUGCAGAUGACCUCAGACUCCCUAGUUUACAGCACAAGCCUGAACUAUAACCCUACCCCUGCUAGCAACCCAGUGAUCCUGAGAACCAAUCCAGCCGUGAUUCCCAUUGAGUGUCACUACCCCAGGAAGGACAAUGUGAGCAGUAAAGCCAUCAAGCCCACGUGGGUUCCCUUCAGCUCUACCCUGUCUGCAGAGGAAAGGCUGGGUUUCUCCCUGCACCUGAUGAAUGAUGACUGGAGUGCUGAGAGACCCUCCAAUGGAUUCCAGCUGGGGGAGGUCAUGCAUAUCCAAGCUGAUGUCCACACUGGGAACCAUGUGGCUCUGAGGCUCUUUGUGGACAGCUGUGUGGCCACCCUGACCCCAGACAGGGACUCCUCUCCCCGCUAUGCUGUCAUUGACUUCAAUGGCUGGUCUCCAGUGGAAGGCACCAGAGACAUCUGCAGGUGCUGUGAGACUGGGAACUGUGGGCUGGCUGGACAGUCUGGGAGAGUCAGACCUCUGGACAGAUGGCCAGGGAGGCGCUUCCUGAGAGAUGUGGCCUCCAGGCAUGGUGACUCCUCAGUGAGGGAAGCUGAGGCUGAUGUUGUGGUAGGACCCCUAUUCAUCACUUAUGCCUAUCAGGGAUCCAGGAAUCUUGUGGAAGAACAAAUGGAAGUAGGGAAGGCAGCAUCACCAGGCAUGGAAGAGACUCCUGGGCUGGUGUUUGGGCUGAGCUUGGUGGCUGCUGCUAUUGGUUUGGGCUCCAUGACUCUGACCAUCUGCUUCAUCUACAAAAACCACAGCCGUGCAAUGGCUGGUGCUGUCAUGUGA